AUGUACAUCAAAAAAUUUCGUUCCAUGAUGGAUAUUGACAAGUCUACUAUAGGAAGUCCAAGUUACUUAGAAGAUGAAACUAGUUAUUAUAUAUAUAUGUACUCCAUCAAGAUGAUAGUAAAGGGGAAGCAACUGGAUUAUAAGAAGAUAAUUACUUCUAUGUCAACAUUUGAUAUGUCUAAUAAUCACUUUGAAGGAGAGAUUCCAAAUUCUAUAGGGAUGUUGCGAGCACUUCGAAAUCUUAAUCUCUCGCAUAACCUACUUACCGGAAACAUCCCUCCAUCCAUCGGGAACUUAUCAUUGUUGGAUGGUUUAGACCUAUCAUCAAAUAGGCUUAUCGGUGAAAUCCCUCAAGAACUUGUUAGUUUAACAUUUCUCGAGGUUUUUAAUGUUUCAUAUAAUCAACUGGAAGGGCCUAUACCCCGUGGUAACAAUUUUGAUACCUUCUCAUCUGAUUCGUACGAGGGAAAUCUUGAAUUGUGUGGAGCACCAUUACUUGAAUGCAAAAACAAUACUGUUGUGCAAUCUUUGAACAAUGAUAAUGUGGAAGAAAAAACAGAAUUAUCGAUGUGGGAAGUUGUAGUGAUUGGAUUUGGAAGUGGUACAAUAGUUGGUUUGGCUUGGGGGUACUACAUAUUGUCAGUGGGGAAGCCUAUUUGGCUUUUUAAAUUGUUGAACAAGAUGGAAUGGGCUUUACUUGAUUUUCAUGACCACCAUUUCAGUAGAAUAAGAUACAAUAUCACGAAUUUUAAAAACUCGUCUAUCUGCAACUUGGUUUAUCUUGAAAUCCUUGAUUUAUCUUAUAACAAGUUUAAUGGAGAAGUUCCUCAUUGCUUGGGCAAUACUAGUACUCAAUUAGCUGUACUGAAUCUCCAAUCAAAUAAUUUCAAGGGCACCAUUCCAUCAACAUUUUCUACUUGUGAUUUAUUGCAAUAUGUUGAUUUCACUGACAAUCAGUUAGAAGGAGCUAUACCUAGGUCUUUAUCUAAAUGUAGAAACCUGACAGUCUUAAAUUUGAGGAACAACAAAUUCAAAGAUGUAUUCCCCUAUUGGUUAGGUAGCCUUCCAUCUUUAGAGGUUCUUAGCCUAUCGUUUAAUAAAUUUCAUGGUGAUAUAACCAAAAAUUUAUCAAUAAUUGCAACAUUUCCUUUUUCAAAUCUACAUAUUCUCGACAUUUCAAACAAUAAUUUUUGUGGUAAAUUGCCAUUCAUGUACAUGAAACAAUUUCGUUCCAUGAUGGACGACAUGUCUACUAUAGGAAGUCCAAGGUACUUAGAAUAUAGUAGAGAUGGUGUUUAUAUGUUCUCCAUCAAGAUGACAGUAAAGGGGGUGGAACUGGAUUAUAAGAAGAUAAUUACUUCUAUGUCAACAUUUGAUAUGUCUAAUAAUCACUUUGAAGGAGAGAUUCCAAAUUCUAUAGGGAUGUUGCGAGCACUUCGAAAUCUUAAUCUCUCGCAUAACCUCCUUACCGGAAACAUCCCUUCCUCCAUCGGGAACUUAUCAUUGUUGGAUGGUUUAGACCUAUCAUCAAAUAGGCUUAUCGGUGAAAUCCCUCAAGAACUUGUUAGUUUAACAUUUCUCGGGUUUUUUAAUGUUUCACAUAAUCAACUGGAAGGGCCUAUACCCCGUGGUAACAAUUUUGAUACCUUCUCAUCUAAUUUGUACGAGGGAAAUCUUGAAUUGUGUGGAGCACCAUUACUUGAAUGCAAAAACAAUACGGUUUUGCAAUCUUUGAACAAUGAUAAUGUGGAAGAAAAAACAGAAUUAUCGAUGUGGGAUGUUGUAGUGAUUGGAUUUGGAAGUGGUACAAUAGUUGGUUUGGCUUGGGGGUACUACAUAUUGUUAGUAGGGAAGCCUUUAUGGCUUUUUAAAUUGUUGAACAAGAUGGAAUGGGCUUUACUUCAUUUUCAUGACCACCAUUUCAGUAGAAGAAGUAGAGUAUGA